ACUUGAGUUUUCUGUUUCGCGUCUCAGAGUGAAGAUGAAUGAGGAUGCGUUCGAGGUCCCGGAGAGGACGGAGUACCGCUACCUGGUGCAGGAGGAGGAGGAGGAGCAGGUGCAGUACGUCCGUCACAGAAACUACAUCAGCCCCCUGCUGGUGCUCUCCAGACGCUGCAUCGUCCUCCUCUGCCUCGGCGUGCUCGCUCUGCUCUCCCUCGCCGCCUACCUCAGCUACGUCGCCCAGACGCUGCCGCCGGGCGUCACCCAGGUGUCCACGGACUGUGGCGAGUUCAGAGGGAGACACAAUAAUGGAGCCUACUCCUUUAAGGGCAUUCCUUACGCCGCUCCACCGGUCGGUGACCUGCGUUGGGCACCUCCGGCUGACCCCGUGUGCCGGGCCAGGGUGACGGACGCCGGCCGCUUCCGCAGCAUGUGUCCUCAGGUGCGUCCGCUGUCCAUCGAGGGUAAGGUGAUGGGCCAGGAGGACUGCCUCUUCCUCAACGUGUGGACACCCACGCUGCAGCCCGACGCCAAGCUGCCUGUCAUGGUGUGGAUCCACGGGGGAUACCUGCACAUGCUCAGUGGAGGAGAGCGGGGCUACUCGCCCACGGAGAAGCUCGCCACCGACACGGAGAUGGUCUACGUCAGCUUCAACUACAGACUCAACGCCUUCGGCUUCCUGGCUCUAGAGAUCCUGAGAGAAAGUUCUCCAAAGAACACCUCAGGGAACUAUGGCUUCAUGGACCAGAUCGCAGCUCUGAAGUGGGUCCAGAGGAACAUCCACAUGUUCGGGGGAGACCCUGAGAAAGUCACCAUAUUGGGACAGAGCUCAGGUGGGACAUCGGUGUGGAUCAUGAUGACAUCUCCGCUGGCGAAGGGUCUAUUCCGCGCAGCGGUGGACAUGAGCGGCUCGUCCGUCCUCAACGCAUCUCUGGAGCGAGCCGAGUCCGACAACCUGGUGUUCCUGAAGAAGACGGGCUGCAGAGACCGGACCUGCCUCAGACGUCUGUCCAUCAGACGGGUCCUCGAGGCCGUCCCGUGGCAGGACUACCCCUCCUGGGCCGCAGGAGACUCCUCAGAUCUCCCCACCAGAGAGCGCUUCAUUGGGCCGGUCGCCGUGGUGGACGGUUACGUCUUGGAAGCUCCGCCUUUCGAGGUGUGGGAGAGGAAAGGAGGCCACAGCGACGUUCCUUUUGUCGUCGGGACGACGGAGCAGGAGGUGGACUCCAGCCCCGUGGCUGCAAACAUCUCCAUGUGGACCUGGAGGGACUACCAGUGGUUUGUAACAGAUAAACUUCAGUCCUUCAGUGGGAAUCUCCCCACAGAGGCGUUGGAGCUGUAUCCGAGCUCCGUCCCCUGCCCCACCACGGACCGCUGUCUGGAGAGGGCCUACACCACCAUGGUGUCCGACAUCAGGGCCACCUGUCCUAACAACGACCUGGCCCGGAGGGCUGCAGCGGCCCUCCACAGUCCCGUGUACCGAUACGUGGUGACGCACACGCCUUCGGGACCCGUCAACGUGUCCACCGACCUGCUGCCGUUCUCCAGCCGCUUCUCCUUCCACUGUCUGGACGUCGUCGCCUUCUUCGGCGGGCUGGAGUUCGUUCUGGGGAAACCUCUCUCGGAUCGGGACGAGAGCUUCCGGGACGUCGUCACUCGUCACCUCGUCCACUUCGCCAAAACAGGUAAGAUGGAGGCUGAGUGGCCAGAAUACCCAGCAGCCACUGCUCUCCUGUCCGACCGGCUGUCUGUGGUCCAGAACUACUCGUCGGCUCAGUGUCAGCUGUGGAAGGAGAACGGCCUGUACGCGUACGCCUGGACCAACUGAACAACUGACCGACCAACCGACCAACUAACCAACCGACCAACUGACCACAGACUUACUGGUUCAUCCCCAGACGUCAUUAAAGUCACUGCUUUGUUACACCGAGGUGAUCUCAUGUAGCCACUUCUCCGUCUCACCCGGCAGCCUUUUGAAAAACACACUGUACGUUUUGUCGGUUUGAAGUAACGUUUGAGUUCACUUUGUAUGAACAACAGCCAUAUCUGUGUUUAAUAUCUCCAGAUCUCCAUUAACCUCGAGGGUUGGUUCACCAAAAUGACUUAAAGUAGAUGCGGAAGUAUCUUGAAAAUCUGCAUUCUCUCUAAUGUCCACCAGGGGGCGACUCCUCUGCUUGUAUAGAAGUCUAUGAGAAGAUGAAAUGAAGCGAGAGUGCUGAAGUCGCUACGAUGCGAUGACAUCACUCCUCGCCAUCAUUAACGUCCACUAACAGCUCGUUUCUGCUGCUGACCGGCUCACAUUGUUGUUAUAAGUGUGACAGAAUGAUGGGAAGAGCUUCACUCAGAGAAGUCUCGUUCUGAAAGCUUGUGUUGCCAGAAGACAACACAAGGUGGAAACGAGAGCGGCAGAGUGUGUUGUGUCAGAGUACAGAAAGCAUAUUAGUGUAAUCUGAAAGAUGUAUACACAUAUUUAGAUGACUUCGACAACGUGGAUGUGACGCAAGAUUCCAGAACGAGACUUCUCCGAUGGAAUAAAUAGACGGGAUCUUUUGGGUUCUUUCCAUGAUGUUGUCACACACUCAUUAUACUGAUCAGAAACAAGCUCUCUGAGUGGACGGACAAACGUUUUUUAUUCCCCAAUAGUCACAAAAAUAUGGAAAAUAGAGUCCAGGUUGAAUAAUAUGGACGUUAUUCUUUAAGAGUGGAGGAGAUGGAAGGAAGCAUUUAGACAGAAGUGAUGACGAGAGUAAUUCUGUGCUGUACAGUCACAUAAUGAGGAGUGACGUUACAGUAGAAACCUCCCACUGCUCCGUCUACCCUCUGGAUCUGAUCAACAUGAACACCAGUAGAGUUUCUGAUCAAC